AUUGAAUGAAGGAUGGCAUCCCAAACUAUUAAAGAAAAAUUUGUGGAGCUACAAAAAUCAAUGCAAACACCCCAAAAUUCACGACCGAAGAUACAAAGGGUGGUUGACCGUUUCAGAAAUAGAACAAAUUUUGAGAAGCAUUACUCACCCAAGUUUGUGUCAUUAGGUCCUAUCCAUCAUGACAAUCCAAAUCUGAAGAAAGGAGAGAAGUACAAACUUAUGUGGGCAGCAAAAUACAUAGAAAACACCAGACACAUUCCAGAGGAUCUACACAAAAAGAUUGCAGAUAACAUUGAUGAACUGAAGGGUCAUUUUGACAACGAUGUUUUAGCUUCAACCAGUUGGUCUCUUGAAGGCUUUGGUAGCCUUGAAGAAAAGCUAUCGUGGAUGUUGUUCGUGGAUGGAUGUUCUUUGCUUCAUAUCUUGGAGAGAGCCAAGCUUGAUGAACCAGGGCAAAUGAAUAUCAAGGUUGAUCAACUUGUUCUUGUAAUGAUGGAUGUGCUUUUGUUGGAGAAUCAACUUCCUUAUCAAGUACUCAAGCUAUUGUGGAAAGAUGAAGACCAGAGUGGAUUGAUAAAAAGCAUGAUGAAUUUCCUCGCCUGUCAUCAUUGGGCCACACCAGAUGAGUCACAGUCAGAGAAGAAGAAGGACAUGGUUCCAAAAAGAAAAGCAGAAAGAGAGCAUAGUUUAUCAAUACGAAAUGAGUCACAGUUAGAGACACCCUUUCAUCUUCUUGAUCUUCAACGUAAUAUCAUCCUCAUUACAUCUACAACCAAGCUUUUAUGUGCUCGCUUAUCAACCAUCCUGAAGAUGUGAAGGUACUGAGAUCAAAAGGGAUUUUGCUCAAUUCCCUUGGGAGUGAUGAGGAAGUUGCCGAACUUUUCAAUAUCAUAGGUUCUGACUUGGUACCGAACUCAGAAACAUAUUUUGAAGUUAAAGCCAAAAUGAAUGAUCAUUACAAUAAA